CGCGACGCGGAGCGCGAGGCCCGAAGGCGCAGCCGCGACAUCGACGCGCUGCUGGCCCGCGAGCGGCGGGCUGUGCGGCGGCUAGUCAAGAUCCUGCUGCUGGGCGCGGGCGAAAGCGGCAAGUCCACGUUCCUCAAGCAGAUGCGCAUCAUCCAUGGCCGUGAGUUCGACCAAAAGGCGCUGCUCGAGUUCCGCGACACCAUUUUCGAUAAUAUCCUCAAGGGCUCAAGGGUUCUUGUCGAUGCACGAGACAAGCUUGGUAUUCCUUGGCAGUAUUCUGAAAAUGAAAAGCAUGGGAUGUUCCUGAUGGCCUUUGAGAACAAGGCAGGGCUGCCUGUGGAGCCUGCCACCUUUCAGCUGUACGUCCCUGCUCUGAGUGCACUCUGGAGGGAUUCUGGCAUCAGGGAAGCUUUUAGCCGGAGGAGCGAGUUCCAAUUGGGUGAAUCAGUGAAAUAUUUCUUGGAUAACUUGGACCGGAUCGGUCAGCUGAAUUACUUUCCUAGUAAGCAAGACAUCCUGCUUGCUAGGAAAGCCACCAAGGGGAUUGUGGAACAUGACUUCGUCAUUAAAAAAAUCCCUUUCAAGAUGGUGGAUGUGGGCGGCCAGCGGUCUCAGCGCCAAAAGUGGUUCCAGUGCUUUGAUGGGAUCACAUCUAUCCUAUUCAUGGUGUCCUCCAGUGAGUAUGACCAGGUCCUCAUGGAGGACAGGCGCACCAACCGGCUGGUGGAGUCAAUGAACAUCUUUGAGACAAUAGUCAACAACAAGCUCUUCUUCAAUGUCUCUAUCAUCCUAUUCCUCAACAAGACAGACCUCUUGGUGGAGAAGGUGAAGACGGUCAGCAUCCAGAAGCACUUCUCAGAUUUCAGAGGCGACCCACACAGGCUGGAAGAUGUCCAGCGCUACUUGGUCCAGUGUUUCGACAGGAAGAGACGGAAUCGCAGUAAGCCACUCUUCCACCACUUCACUACCGCCAUAGACACUGAGAAUAUCCGCUUCGUGUUUCAUGCUGUGAAGGACACAAUCCUGCAAGAGAAUCUGAAAGAUAUCAUGUUGCAAUGAAGGGAAGGCCUCUCUUGCUGUCAUCCCUGAACAGCCUGCACGGCUGUUGGUCAGAUCGCUUUGGUGUAUAUCAUCAUCCAUGUGGUUCUGGAGUGGGUUUCUCAGAUGGCUGCCAUCGCAUGCCUGGCUCAAGAAUACUGUCAAACCAGCCAAGCCAACAAGCUCUAGGCAGACAGGCACGGAAACUUUGAUGUUAGCUACUGAAUCCUGGGGACGAGUGAAACUACUGAAAAUUCAAGUGAUCGCUUUGGUGUUAAUGUGUAAUACCUAAUAACACAGCGUUUUUUCCUUUUUUCAGAAAUGUUAUUCUUUCUGACACAAUUCAGUCGAAGAGUGUGUGUGUAUGCACACAUAUGCUCUCUCUUUAAUGACAGAAACACAAAAACCAGCCAGCCUUGCAGAUGGCUUUUCUAACUUGCAGUUCUUCACUGAGACAAACUAACCUGAAAGCUUUGCUUAAUUGUAGCUUCUGAGAUCAAAUGCACGCCGAUGCUGCUAAUCAGAGUGCCCAGGCCUGGCCCUACAGCCCAACCAUAGUGUCUGAAUGCCAUCUCCCAAAGAGAACACAUUGCCUUUUAAAACACUUGUGCCAAUUUCCUAAGAGACCUUAGCCCAAGCCUAUUAGAUUGAGCUGAGGAACUAUACCAAGGAUACCUUCCCAUCAUUGAAGACAGGAUUGGGAGUUUUGUAGGACUGAACUGGCUUUAAUGCCCCUCUAGCGUGCUUGGCUCCUCCUGCCCUGCCAGAUUGCCCAGCAGCACAGCGUGGAGUAGAGUGGAGACAGGGACACUGACAGUGAAUGUCUAUCUGUAUGCACACAGUGGUGCUUUUCACUUAACUCCCUCUCACUCCUCCCACCCAGUGGCAAAGACACACAAACCAAGUAGCCUUGCGGAUGACUUUGCCAUCUUCCUCGCAAGUCAUCUUCUGACACCUCAGUUGGCAGCAUGUGGCUUUCCCUCCUUUUGGAAAUAGUAGGAAAUUUCAUUUUCCUCUUUUGAGGCUUCUGAAAGCUAGCAAGACUACUAGCAGAGCUUUUGUUAAUGCUACAGCUGCUUGGUGAGUUUUUAACAGUUGACCUUUUGGAAAGCCCACAAAGUGGAGAAAUCUGAGUUUCUCCAAACUGCCGCUACACCAGUGCCUUUGGACAGCCAGUCUCUAUUCUCAGCUCCCUUUUAAAUCUGAUUUUUUUUUUUUUAAUAGACAGUCUCACCUUG